AUGGAUGUUGUCGAAGCAGCCGGAUCGGGCCUUCACAGACGCAGACAGCUCUGCGUGGUAGUGGCUCUCGAUGUAGCCAAUGCAUUCAAUACGGCAAAAUGGAAGAAAAUUGAGCAGUCGCUGCACGAUAAGCGUAUGCCCAAAUACCUCAUAGCAGCGAUACAGAGCUAUCUCAGCGACCGAGAGAUUGAGUACGAGGGUAGAUCACGGAUCACUACCUGCGGGGUUCCACAAGGAUCCGUGCUCGGACCACUGCUGUGGAACGUAAUGUAUGAUGACUUACUCCGAGUGGACACCGGAGGGAACGUGAGGGGCAUAUCGUCGACAAACAUGGUGGCCUUCGCAGACGACGUGGCGGUGGUGGCGACGGGGCACACUACGAGCAUCCUAGAAGACGUGACAAACAAUGCACUGGAGAAGGUAGCGGAAUGGAUGACAAAAGCAGGUCUAACGCUUUCAGUUACCAAGACAGAAGCAGUCAUGCUCACCACUAAGAGGGGCUACUUGAAACCGUACCUAGAGAUAAGAGGAGAACGCGUGGAGAUAAAGAACCAGAUAAAAUACCUGUGUCUGGAACUCCAUAGAGUGUUAGGGUUCAAAGCCCAUCUGGAGGCGGCGGCGGGGAAGGCACAGACCACGGCCCUAGCGUUGUCAAGGUUGAUGCCGAACCUGGGCGGCGCCGGGCCGAAGAAGGGGAGGUUACUAACCACAGUGGUAGAGAGCAAGCUGCUGUAUGGUUCGCCUAUAUGGGCUAGCGCUCUAGUCCACCAGAGAAACGUAGACAUCAUCUUGAGGCCUCAAAGAGUUCUGGCACUAAGAACUGCAAUGUGCUAUAGGAUGGUCUCGACGGCAGCCGCGAUGGCCAUAGCGUCUCCUAGCGUCAGAGAGGUCGGAAAGGUAUAUCCGCAGAGAAGAGUGGGACAAGGCUGGAGUAGCCAAAGAAGUACGGGAGGCGACCAUGAAGAAAUGGCAGAAGGAAUGGGACGCGGCGGAAAAAGGCCGAUGGACUAG